UACCGUUUAUGAUAUAUUCGAAAUUGAAAAAUGGGUGUCCAUGUACUUCUAGCUUCAACAGCGCUGAAAACAAUCAGUGUGACUGGGCUGUGGAUAAUACCGCUACUGCUGGGAGCGCUUACCUAUCACAAUUACAAUUCUUAUGAUCCAGAAGCGAAAGUUCUAGAUAAAGAACCUCGAAUGGAAUAUGAUUUUAUAAUUGUCGGUGGAGGAUCAGCUGGUGCUGUUCUAGCGAAUCGGCUCACUGAAGUCAUGAAUUGGAAUGUUCUGCUAUUAGAAAGCGGUCCGGACGAGAACGAAAUCACAGACGUCCCUUCAUUAGCCGGCUAUCUCCAGCUAACGAAGUUGGACUGGCAAUACAAGACAGAGCCCACGUCUUACGCAUGCCUGGGUUUCAAGAAACGCAGGUGUAGCUGGCCACGAGGCAAGGUCCUUGGUGGUUCCAGUGUCUUAAACUAUAUGAUUUAUGUUCGAGGAAACAAAUACGAUUUUGACCAGUGGGAGUCCUUUGGUAAUCCAGGCUGGGGUUACCGUGAUGUGCUAAAAUAUUUCAUUAAAUCUGAAGAUAACAGAAACCCAUAUUUGGCUAAAAGUAAAUAUCAUGGAAGAGGAGGAUUCUUGACAGUGCAAGAGGCACCUUGGCGGACCCCUCUAGUAGCUGCUUUCGUUGAAGCCGGUGUCGAAAUAGGAUAUGAAAAUAGAGACAUAAACGGAGGUAUUCAAACAGGAUUUAUGAUAGCUCAAGGUACUAUAAGACGUGGGUCGAGAUGCAGCACAGCUAAAGCUUUUCUAAGGCCAAUCCGUACGCGAAGAAACCUCGAUGUGUCACUAAAUUCCCAAGCAACAAGAAUCUUAAUAAAUCCAGUAACAAUGAAGGCUUAUGGUGUAGAAUACAUAAAAAGAGGAAAGAGAAGAGUUGCCUACGCUAGAAAGGAGGUAAUUUUGUCUGCAGGGGCUAUUAACAGUCCACAGUUAUUAAUGUUGUCAGGAAUAGGACCUAAAAACCAUUUGAGAGAUGUUGGUAUACGGGUCCUCAAAGAUUUGCCUGUUGGUGAAAAUCUCCAAGAUCAUGUCGGUGUUGGUGGGUUAACUUUUCUAGUCGAUAAACCUGUGGCCAUUGUUCAGAAUCGCUUCCAAGCGUUCCCUGUGACUAUGAAUUAUGUCAUAAAUGAACGAGGGCCAAUGACUGUACUUGGAGGAUUAGAGGGAGUAGCUUUUGUAAAUACUAAAUAUGCUAACAGCAGUGGUUUGUGGCCUGAUGUACAAUUCCAUAUGGCACCCGCAUCGUUUUCUUCCGACAAUGGGCAGAUCGUUAGAAAGAUUCUUGGUCUUACUGAUGAAGUUUACGAUACGGUAUACAAGCCAAUCGCGAAUAAAGAUGCGUGGACUAUAAUGCCACUUUUACUACGUCCAAACACUCGAGGUUAUGUUAGACUGAAAAGUUCAAACCCUUUCCAUUAUCCGAUCAUGAAUCCACGUUACCAUGAAAAUGCUUUAGAUGUAGCUAGAUUAGUGGAAGGAAUAAAGAUAGCUUUAAAGGUAGCCAAUGCUUCUCCAUUUAAGCAAUUCGGUUCCAGAUUAUACAUGAAGCCCUUGCCGAACUGUAAACAUUUUAAGUUCAUGUCUGAUGAAUAUAUAGAAUGUCAAGUGAGAACUAUAUCAAUGACCAUAUAUCAUCAAUGUGGAACGGCAAAGAUGGGACCUGAUUGGGAUAAAGAGGCAGUGGUGGAUCCUAGGCUAAAGGUACAUGGCGUCGAAGGCUUAAGAGUGAUCGAUGCAAGUAUUAUGCCUACUAUAGUUAGUGGAAAUACAAAUGCAGCUGUAAUAAUGAUCGGUGAGAAAGGAGCCGAUUUAAUCAAAGAGGACUGGUUGAAUGAGAAGCAUAGGUGACAAAAGACAUUUAUUGUAAGAUAAUUAAAUGUUACCAGUAACGUUAAUAUUUUAAGUU